AUGACUUCCAAUACCGAUAACCCGCCUGUCUACCAGGAGAAGCCUUCUUCCGCUAAAGAAACGACCGAUCUAAUUACUACUACUAGCCGUCUUGCUACCACCAGCCGUCUUGCUGGGACUGUGCGCACAUGCUCAGUCGCAGAACGCCAGAUCGACUACUUCAGCAUUGUUCGUGUUUCUGAUUCAAGCUACCAUCUAUCUCUCACUGUUGAUCCUACACCUCUUUAUCGUAUUGAGCUCAUCCCUGAGCCUACCAAAGUCGGCAACAUCCAAAUCUUCUCUAUGUCUGACCCCACACUCCCAGCUGUUGCAGCAGCAUAUGUGUCAAACGACCUAAAAAGCAAGACCCUACCUAUAGGCACAGUAUGCACUGCCUCGCCUACUGAGCCUGACGCCCUCUGGCGUCCCAUAAGUCGCGUAAUGGGUUACUUCUCGACCCCCAUGGACGAGUGCAGCAGCCAAAUACCGGUCAUCACGGUGCCUGGCAGAGCUGCCGACUAUCAUCAUUUCACAUGGAGAACCGCGGAUUCCGGACGUGUUUUUCGACUAUUUUGGGAAGGUCCCCCACCCCUUGUACCACUUGAGCUAUAUGACUUUGUUAUUCACAAAGCGGACAAUAUCUUUGCGACAGUGACUACCCAGCCUGAUGGUGGGGAAACCAUAGUAGCAAUGCGCGCCGGGGGAGGUAUCGAUUUUGAGUUAAGUGUGAUUUUAGAGGCGUUUUUAAUGUUUCGGCUCAUGGAGAAGAAGGCAAAGUCCAAAUGA